AUGAGUGCCUAUGUUUUCAUGGUGAGAGUUGAUGAGUGGAUGGCAAAGGAAGGCCUUUUGGAUCCCACGGUCAAGUCUAUUUUUGUUACCUGUGGUGAUUGGGACUUGAAAGUAAUGUUACCUGGACAAUGCCAGUACUUAGGGCUUCCAGUUGCUGAUUACUUCAAACAGUGGAUUAAUCUCAAAAAGGCAUAUAGCUUUGCCAUGGGGAGCUGGCCAAAGAAUGGGCUCUUAGACAUGAACAAAGGGCUGAACUUACAGCACAUAGGAAGGCCUCACAGUGGGAUAG